AUGUCGCCCACGCCGCAACAGCCCCGCACAGAGCAGAUUGAUCUCGGUCACGAUGCCCACGAGCUUGCAACCAACUCCCAGGAAGACUUGGCCUACUUUAAUCAACUCAAAAUGAUCGCUCCAAAUGUCCCUCAAGACGUGAUCGCUUUCGCCAUUGGACUGCCACAACCACCAAAUUUCGCCGUGUUAGGAUACCGCCAAGGAAAUCUUAAUACACAAGCGGCCUCUAUCAUCUCACACGAAAAAUUGUAA